UGAAAUAUAAUUAUCAGAAUAGACUUUUCACUUGUUGGUGAAUGCGUUUUGAUAGGCCUACUUAACAAUAUUAUGCGGGCACACAAAGAUAAUGAAACAUAGCCUAUAGAUGUGUAGACAAACAGUUUGUUUUCUUUCCUCUGGAAAUCCAAAAUUUUACCCUCUUUGGCGACCUUUGGUUUAUAUGCAACCUGGUCUAUUUAAAUAAAAGGGGUGUUAUUUUUUAAAAGCAUCUUUUGAAGACAGUAUAUAACCAUACGUAUCUCAUAAACCAAUCUAAAUAUCAGUGCAUAAAAUAUCUAGGUAAAAACACCAAGGAUAAAGAUGUAAAAACGUUAACAUUUUGCAUCUAAAUAAUAUUAGCUAUACAAAUAUGAGCAAUUUUACCUUUCACAGAAUGGAAUCACCCGGGGGUAUUCUAUUCUAUUCUCAGCGGUAAAACUGAAAUCGCGGGAAAGAUUCACAUUGUUUACCUGGGUGAUGACUUUCAGGAUUUCUGUUUUCACAGACAGACAAUUUACUGACAAGAUUUAUUUGGAUUACAUCAUAACAAUAGAUCAAAUAUUUCAUACUCAUUGAACCAGGAUGCCUGGCUCUUUAGCUACGUCACUUGCUGCUCAACGAAUCAUCCUUACUGAUGACAGUCUGCAAAGGCUACAAAGCAUUGAAAAGGAUUACAACGAAGGAGACAUUACACUGAAAGGUUACUGGAAACAGAAAUGCAGUGCUCUGGAAAGCUACUUCACCGAUAACGUCCGAGAACAGAUGAGAAGUCUAGCUGAUGAUUUGGAAAACGAAGAAAUCACAGAGAAAGGAUAUUACAAGAAGUUGGAAAAGGUUGUAACUGACUUCUUGAAGGAAGUUGAGAACGAUGGAAGUGGAAUGAUAAAUGGUUCGGCAAGUUCUCGACAGAAUGGACACACUGGUGAUCUGAAGAGUCCGGGUCCAGAACCUUCCCACACCAAUGGACAUACCAAUGGAACAAGUGCUACUAAUGGUACUGGCUCUGUAAAUGGAACAAGUGCUACUAAUGGUACUGGCUCUGUAAAUGGAACAAGUGCUACUAAUGGUACUGGCUCUGUAAAUGGAACAAGUGCUACUAAUGGUACUGGCUCUGUAAAUGGGACGAGCACCGUCAUGAAUGGAUCAAGUGCUGCCAAGAAAUUAUCAAAAUUUGCUGCAGGGUCCAGCCAAUCCGAGACAAUGGAUGAAAAAGAUGCGCUGAAAACAGAAAGUAACGGGCAUACAAAUGGAAACAAGAGUAUGAAUGGACACGCCUCUCCUAAGAUAAAGGAGGUAGACACUGAUGUGAAACAGAGCUCAGACUCACCGGCCAGCGAGGAGGUCAUGGAAGUGGACAGUGUGGAGGAGAACGGUGUGGAUGUGAACUGUAGCCCACCACAUAAAAAGUCGAAGCAGGACAAGUCGAAUGAGAGUUUUGAUUCUCCAAAACAAGAACAAACUCCCCGCCGCUCGUCCCGCCGUGUGAGUAAAAAGUCAGACGAGAUGCAACCGUCGAUCACUGCUAUGUUUUCUCCCAAAGCGAAAGUUGAAGAGAAAGCUUCUAGCAAAGAUAAAAAAGAGAACAGUGCUGAGAAUGGUGAAGAAGAGGAAGAGGAGCAACAAGCCAGUAAGAGGAUCAAGCUGCAGGAUGACGAAGGAAAACAGGAGGGUAUUGUGCCAGUUCUCGAGCCAAGUGCCCCGAAGCCGUUGCCACAGAGAUGUAACGAAUGUCUCAAGUACAUGGAUGACCCGGAGCUCAAGAUGUUCCCUGGCGAUGCUGAUGAUGCGGUGGAAGAGUUCAUUGCCCUGACAGACCCGAAGUUGUCGUUGUUCACAGGGGAAGAAGACUUUGAUAAGAUACAGGAGGACAGACCGCAGCACAAGAUCACCAACUUCAGUGUGUAUGACAAGAACACCCACCUGUGUGCCUUUGACACAGGCCUCAUCGAGCGCAACAAGUACCUCUUCUUCAGCGGUGUGCUCAAACCCAUCUUUGAGGAAAACCCGAGUCUAGAGGGUGGCAUCCCUUGCCGCAACAUGGGGCCCAUCAAUGAAUGGUUUGUGUCAGGCUUUGAUGGAGGGGAAAAUGCUCUUAUCGGAUUCUCUACAGCGUAUGCCGAGUACAUCCUGAUGCAGCCCAGCGAAGCGUAUACGCCUUUUAUCGAACAGAUGAAGGUGAAGGUCCACAUGUCCAAGAUUGUGAUCGAGUUUCUCACCAACAACCAGGAUUCCACGUAUGAGGACUUGUUGAACAAAAUCCAAACUACAGUGCCACCUGCAGGUCUCACAAGUUUCUCGGAGGAUUCUCUGCUACGCCACGCCCAGUUUGUGGUGGACCAGGUCCAGAGCUACGACGAGGCGGCUGCUGAUGAUGAGCCGCUGCUGAUCGUGACCCCGUGCAUGCGGGCGCUGAUCAAACUGGCCGGAGUCACCCUGGGCAAGAGACGCCAGUUGCGGAAGGACGUGGGCAGGGUGAAGGCCAAGAAGGAAAAGCCCAAACACACCAUGGCAACCGUCACCCCCCUGGUGCGCAAUAUUUUCGACUCUCUCUUCCAAGGUCAGAUUGAUGAGGAGUCUUCCAAAACGAAAAAACAGAGGUGCGGGAUCUGUGAGGUGUGUCAGCAGCCAGACUGUGGCAAGUGUGCUGCUUGUCGAGACAUGGUGAAAUUCGGCGGCACUGGACGGGCCAAGCAGGCGUGCAAAGAACGACGAUGCCCCAACAUGGCUAUCAAGACAGCAGAUGAGGAUGAGGAGGAGGAUACAGAAAUUGAUAAGGUGUCAGAGGAAAAUGCGGCUGUGGUAAAAAAACACAAGGCAGCGAAAAAUGCCAAGGCAAAGGUCACAUGGGUGGGAGCUCCGGUGAAAGAGGAAGGCAAGAGGAAGUACUUCGCCACGGCGAAAGUGAACAAUGUGGAGAUUACUGCUGGUGACAACGUGUCCAUCACGCCGGCUGACCCCACCCAGCCCCUGUACAUGGCCAGGGUUCAAUACCUAUUUGAAGAACGCGGCUCAAUGCAGGCUCACGUGCACUGGUAUUUCCGUGGGAGCGAGACGGUGCUUGGAGAGGCCUCUGAUCCAUUGGAGCUAUUCUUGGUGGAUGAAUGCGAUGAUAACGUACUCGAGGCUGUGCAUGCUAAAGUUGAGGUCCUUUUCAAAUCGAUUCCGUCCGACUGGAGCAUGCUGGGCGGCAUCGACGAUCCCGAUGUGGAUAAUGUGGUGCAGGAGGACGAUGGGAAAACCUUUUUCUACCAAAAGUUUUAUGAUCCGACCCUCGGACGCUUCGAGGAUCUGCCAAUGUAUGAGCAGUGUUCGGAGUCGUCAAAAGUGGACCACUGCGUCAGCUGUUACAGGCUUGAGCAACGCAGGUUGUUGGAGGAGGUGGCUGUUGGGGAGGAGGCGGAGAGUUCAUCCAAGACGGCCAGCUACCUGUACUACAACAGCGUGCGUCGCGACGGCCUGGAGUACCACGUGGGCGACUGCUGUUACAUCAAUCCGGAGGGCUUCGACUUCCUGAUCAAACACCCAGCUAAGAGCGGCAAACAGCUGAGGUUGAAGGAUAAAAAUAUGGAUGAGGACAUGUAUCCAGAGUCCUACAGGAAGACAGAGUAUGUCAAAGGAUCCAACGACGGCUGCCCAGAGCCCUUCAGGAUUGGUCGCAUUGUCCAGAUUUCUGCAAAGAAAAUGUCUGGCUCAAAGCUGCCCGAUUUAGCAGAAAUCAAAAUCAAAGUGAACAAAUUUUACAGGGUAGAGAACACCCACAAAGGCCAGCAGGCCGUGUACCACAGUGAGCUCAACAAGCUGUACUGGAGUGAGGAGGAGGCGUCAGUCCACUUCUCCCAGGUUUGCGGCAAGUGCACCGUCCUGUACCAGGAUAACAUUGCUGGGGAUCUCGACACAUUCUUCCUGGACAGUCCUGAUAGGUUUUUCUUCCUCGAGUCGUACAACGCCGAGUCAAGGUCGUUUGAAGACCCACCAGCGAAAGCGAGGUUGAUGGGAAGCAAGGGGAAGGGGAAAGGCAAAGGAAAAGGCAAAGGCAAGUCGAGCAAGGCAGAACCAUCAAAGGAGGCUUCUGAGGAGGACAAGGUUGAGAUUCACAAACUGAGAACGCUGGACGUUUUCGCUGGAUGUGGUGGUUUGUCGGAGGGCUUCCAUCAGGCCGGCUUGGCCGAGAGCCGCUGGGCCAUCGAGAAGGAGGAACCGGCAGCCCAAGCGUUCCGGCUGAACAACCCGGGCUGUACCGUGUUCACCGACGACUGUAACCUCCUGCUGCAGCGCGUCAUGCUCGGGGAGACCACUGACGAACUGGGACAGAAACUGCCGCAGAAAGGGGAGGUGGAGCUGUUGUGUGGAGGCCCGCCCUGUCAGGGAUUCAGCGGAAUGAACAGGUUCAACUCACGAGAGUACUCCAAGUUCAAGAACUCUCUGAUCGCCUCCUACCUCAGCUACUGUGACUACUACCGGCCGCGGUUCUUCCUCCUCGAGAAUGUGCGCAACUUUGUGUCCUUCAAGCGCAGCAUGGUGCUGAAGCUGGCGCUGCGGUGUCUGGUGCGCAUGGGCUACCAGUGUACGUUUGGUGUGCUGCAGGCCGGGAGUUACGGCGUGGCUCAGACUCGCAGGAGAGCUAUUAUCCUGGCCGCUGCUCCGGGGGAGAAACUUCCUGUGUACCCAGAGCCCCAGCACACGUUUGCACCACGGGCCAUGCAGCUCUCGGUCAUGGUGGACGACAGGAAGUUCAACUCUAACAUCAAGAACAUGACGUCGACGCCGUAUCGUACCAUUACUGUCCGCGACGCAAUGUCAGAUUUACCUGAGAUCAAGAACGGGGCUAAGGCAGAGGAGAUCUCAUACAAAGGCGAUGCCCAGACUCACUUCCAGCGCCUGAUCCGGGGCCACCAGCACCAGCCGAUCCUGCGGGACCACGUCUGUAAGGAGAUGAGCCCCCUGGUGGCAGCGCGCAUGACCCACAUUCCUCUUGUGCCGGGCUCUGAUUGGCGAGACUUGCCCAACCUGGAGAUACGUCUCUCUGACGGAUCCAAAGCCAAAAAGCUGCUGUACACUCACCCAGACAAGCGUAACGGCAAAGGCUCCAACGGUCAGCGCCGCGGUGUGUGCGCCUGUGCGACGGGCCGGGUGUGUGACCCACUUGACCGCCAGUUCAACACCCUCAUCCCCUGGUGCCUCCCACACACGGGCAACCGGCACAACCACUGGGCCGGGCUCUAUGGCCGCCUGGAAUGGGACGGUUUCUUCAGUACAACAGUCACUAACCCUGAGCCCAUGGGCAAACAGGGUCGUGUGUUGCAUCCAGAGCAGCACCGAGUGGUCAGUGUGCGGGAGUGUGCCCGCUCUCAAGGAUUCCCCGACACCUACCGCUUCUUUGGGAAUAUUCUUGACAAACAUAGACAGAUCGGCAAUGCUGUACCCCCUCCCAUGGGCAGGGCCAUCGGGCUGGAGAUAAAGAAAUGUCUGGUGUGGAAACAAAAGAAUGGCCCAGAGGAAGAGAAAACUGGCUCAGAAGUGGAAAAGGCCAAGGAGGAAGAGAAGACAGAGGAGAAGGACUUGCCGGAGUCGUCCCAGGAGAAAGAAGAAGAGGAGAAGAAGCCUACAUCAAAUGGCAGUGGAGGUUCAGAGGAAGUGGAAGAUAUGGAGUCAGAAAGCAAGCAAGAGUCAGGAAGUAAAGGAGCGGACUCCGGCACAGCUGGGGCUGGGGCCUCGUCGAGCUCAGCUUUGGCGUAGGCGUGUCCUGUGUCCCUGUUGUGUCAAGUGUGAUGUGUGUCGGACAGUGAUACCCAGUGGCAGACAAAAGAUUUUGACUGUCGUAUAAUUACAUAUAGGAGGAGAAUGUGGGUCUCAGUCUUACCCGUCUCACAAAUCUCACACUUUCUGUGAGGGUGGUUGGUGGGUGCUCUGAUGUGGUUUGCUCUGUCUUUCCUAUCCAACAUCUAUCUACCUUAUCUGUUCUUUUUUGUGUUUUUAAUUCU